CAAGAUGGUUAGUUUGGUCGUGCAUUACAUUAUUUUACAGCGCUUCAUUACUCGAUUUUUAAUAACACAGUUGUGUGUGUUCAAGUUUAUUUUUCGUAAACAAAGGAGUUUAAACUUAUGAAGCGAAUCCUUUUUUGUGACCAUAUAAACCCUCUGGAUAAUUCUUAGAACCGACUAUGAUAUCUCUACAUCGCGAGCAAUGGUUUGGUAAGCAAGAAAUAGCUAUAAAAGAAGCUUUACUGGACGCUUUAAAAGAAAAUAUAAAAGAGGUCGAAUAUGAAGCUGGAUAUAAUAAGAAAAAUGACUUCAAUCUGUGUGAAAGCACAGGUGCGUUAUGUACGACUUUGGAGGCGAUAUUCCUCCAUGGCCUAAAAGACUCCUUCCUCUGGCAGACAAUUUCUAUAAUUGCAGGAGAUGAAGAGCGACGUCCUAAUCCCUCUUUUUGGUCUCCCAUAUUAAUUUUUUUACAUAAAGGAGUUAUUGAACAAGUGCAAAGCUUGACGCAAAUAACAUCGGAAAUUGGACAAUGCCGUGCAUGGGUACGCAUUUCUUUAAAUGACAAUCUACUUUCUUCCUAUCUUGGCAAUAUAAGCAAAAGUUCAUCCUCUUUGAGUCCUUACUAUAAAAAGUAUGCUCUUCUGAAGGAUACAGUGCGUUUAUCAAAGGUUAUCAAUGUAUUAACUAAAUUCGAGGAGUGCUGUUUAGAAAUCAAGCUGUUUUACAACUCAAGCCUUCUAAAUCAAUGGCCGGAUGCAGCUUUACAAUUGUCUGGCCUGUGGACGCCGCCUUUAAAGAACUGUCCGGUCACCAGUGGUCUUGACGUGGCUGGGUCUAUAACAAGUGAUUCGAAUGCCAUACCCAUGCCGCAGCCUGUGCGUCCUUAUGAAUUAUUCAGUGAAUCAAUUUCAAAUAGUCCUUUCCAGCGCAGCAGCAAUUUCCCUGCCGACAAUUUAAACAACCGCAAUAAUAUUGAUUUACUUUUGCAAGCAGUUGACGAAAUGAACACCAUCGAUGAAGAGGAAACUAAUUCUCAGAAAUAUUUAGUGCAAAGUCCGAAUACCGAACCUCCUAAUGAGAAAGUUUCUGAAAAUUUAUUGAACAGUUUAAUGCAUAAAUCAUGGUGCUCCGAAUUGAACAACCAACAAGACGUGGCAGAUCGCAAUAUGCAACGCUCUACAAGCGUAACAAGCACGGCAAGCUCGUUACCUUCUUUACCUACGGAUCGCUGUAGUUAUAAUUCUUUAUUAAGGAAGCAUCAAAGAAAUAGAGAAGUUGAAUGGACGGAAAUUUGGACGAAAUUCCUUACACAAAAUUCCGUCAGUACAGGGGAAAUUCAUAAUGAUGAUGAUAGCGAUGAUUGCGACAAAUCAGAAACACAGAAAGAUGCAAGUUUCGAAUUUAUUUCCGGCGAUGUAUUAGAAAAAUUCGACAUAGAGGAUCUUCAGGAAAUGGUAGAGCAGCUGUGCAAGCUCGGUCGAGAACCUGGUUUAGACAGUCAAGGUUUUCUUUGUAAAUCGUGUCAGCAUCCUUUGGGGAUUGGCUAUUCAAAUUUUCGAGUUUGUGCUUUCAGCGGCAACUAUUUUUGCACUGGUUGUAUGGACUUGGAACCUGCAGUGAUACCGGCAAAAGUUAUUUAUAACUGGGACUUUCGGAAGCAUUACAUUUCGAAGAGGGCAGCGACAUUUCUAUCAGAAUUUCGUAAUCAACCAUUUAUUGAUUUAAAGGUAUUAAAAAUUGCGCUAUUUUUUGCAUUUAUACAUGUAAACUUAAAAAUUCAGGUUUUGAAUCCAGACAUUUACAAUGCAUCUGAAUGCAUGGCAGAAAUGCAAUCUCUUCGCAUACGUUUAAAUUUUAUCCGCGCUUAUUUAUGUACGUGUUCAACUAUAAGUUUCGAAGAACUACAACGUAAAUUUUUUGGAAAAGAGUAUUUGUACGAACAUAUACAUCAGUAUUCUAUUGGAGACUUACUUAUGAUACAGCGUGGCAGCCUUUAUCAACAAUUGCACUCAGCUUUUAAAGCUGGUGAAUCCCAUAUUUUAAAGUGCUCGUUGUGCAAAGUUAAAGGUUUUAUUUGUGAAAUAUGCAAAAGCUCACGCAUUUUAUAUCCCUUCCAUAUAGAAACUACAUUUAGGUGUUCAAAGUGUGGAUCAGUUUUCCAUGCUGAAUGUUUAGAUGCUCGCCAACCUUGCCCUAGAUGUAAGCGGCAGCAGGCGAGAGAAAAUUUGUUAGCCGAAGAAAGUCCAACUUAACAUACACUGCAUCAACAUUACUCCGUGUAUAAUCACUUCAUUGUUAUUAAUGAAAUAUCUCUGAAAUCUUGUAAGCUAGUUUAACAAACAGUCAAUAAAGUCGUUCUUUUUAACUUA